GUUAUGUGUUAUGUUUAUUUAUUUAUGAUUUUUUUCCUUAAAGUUUUGUGUUGAGUUCUUGUGACUUGUUGUGUUUGGGGUGGUUUGCAGUUAAAGAUUUACAAUGUCCGACUUUCCUGCAUUAAAAAUUGCCCAUCUCAGAGAAUACGACACAAAAAACUGUGAUAUCCGUCUUCCCCUCACAAUCAAAACAAAAACUGGAGAAUCGAUAGUCAAAGAAAUUUGCGGAUUUGUAAAACAUGGAGAGACUUUGGCCGCUUUAAAAAAUAGCAUAGUAGAGAACCUUAUUGAGCUAAACAAUAAACAAAGUGACGAAGAAGAUGAUUUGUUAUUGCCAGAAAAGAUAACUGUCGAGUUUCUUAAAGGGAAAAAACCCUACAAGGACUCAAUAGUUUUACAGGAUUUCAAUAAGCUGACUGAUGAAAAAUAUAUUAAAAUUCUGGAUCAAACAUUUUCAAUAAUCUCAAACACGCCGCUGGUAAAAAUAGUGAGACUGCCUUUGGCGAUAUGCGUAAAUUUUCCAGUAGAACCCUCAGUCUUUAAAACAUACAAUGUACACAAACCGUCAUCGAAAUUCAUAUGGCUGAAAUCGAAAGACAAAGAAAUUUGGGAAAAAGUCGGGGAAGGGUUUGGAUACAACGUAACAAAAGAAGAUGCGAAUCAUUACUUGAAAUUUUGUUGCAUACCCUAUAGCAAAUUCAGAGUUAAAGGGCCUAUGGCUGAAGCUAUUUCUGAAGAUCUAGUUGAUAUUAUAUCAGAAUUUCCGCAAUGUCCUUUCGAGGAGAGGCACAAGUUGACAAAUCAAAGAUUAAAAGGAAUAAAUGUCCGAGUUGUUUCUUACAACCUCCUCGCUGAUAGAUACGUAGACAGAGAUCAAUUUUCAUGUUGUCCACCUAGAGCACUAGGAAUCCAUUAUAGGAAGCAACUAACAAUAAAAGAGUUAAAAGGCUAUAAUGCUGACAUAAUCUGUCUACAAGAAGUAGAUGAAAUUCAUUAUAGAAGCUAUUAUCUACAGAAGUUUAAGGAAAUGGGAUACAAAACCCAUUUCAAUAGGAAAGGAAACUGUAUUCCUGAAGGAUUGGUUUGUGCUUACGAUAUGAAUAGAUUCAAGACCCUGGACUAUAAACACCUUGUUCUAAGGACAGCUGUGCAACGUAAACAAUUCCAUGACGUUUUAACGCUACUUGAUUAUGAUGAAGAAGUAAAACAAUUAUUUUUGAAACAAAACACUUCUCUGCAAGUUUUGGUAUUAGAAGACAAAAAUACGAAAAAUAUUUUGGUUGUCGGCAAUACGCAUCUCUAUUAUCAUCCUGACGCUGAUCAUAUAAGAUUAAUUCAAGCAUUUAUGACUACGACGCAUUUGGGAAAUAUUAAAAAUAGUGUCAUAAGAGAGUAUAAGCCUAACAAUAUUGGAAUUGUAUUUUGUGGAGAUUUCAAUAGUCACUACGAAAAAUCGCUGUUUGGUUUUAUGAGGACUGGUACAAUUGAUCCUGAACACAAGGAUUGUUUGAAAAUUUCUUCUGAAGGCAAAGCCACAAUUUACAGUAAACUAUAUUUGAGUUGCGCCAGUGGCACACCAAAAUACACGAAUUACACCCCAGACUUCAAAGGAUGUUUAGAUUAUAUUUUUGUUGAAACUCACAGACUUGCUACAACUAGAGUUAUUCCCGUUGCAUCGGAGAAGGAGUUGAUGAAAUAUAUUGGUUUGCCUAAUGAAGUUUACCCUUCGGAUCAUUUAUCUUUAGUUGUAGACCUUCAAUUUAAAUCUAGAUAGUUUUUAUUUUUAUUUGUUAAUUAUGAAUUCGAUUUUUAAAAUAUUUUAUUGUAUUAUUAGAUAAAUAAAUUACCAUUUUAUUCA